AUGUCACAAUCGAAGGAAAUUGGGACGCUAGUCGUCGUCAUCCUCAAGGCUCGUCAUCUGCAUCAACCUUCUUUCUACAAGCAGGACCCAUAUGCGCAAGCCGUCCUUUCUGGCCAGACUCAUCGAACCAAGCCAGAGCCCAAGGGAGGGCAACAUCCUGUGUGGGAUGAAGAAUUCCGAUUUCCUGUUCUCGCCGAUCCUGGAAAAGACAAUAUCAACAGAAAGCUGGAAGUGUCUUGCUGGAAGGACGAGCCUCGAGCUGAAGAUAAGCUCUUAGGCAAAGGGGUUGUCGAUAUCGAAUCGACUUUGAAAACUGGUGAAUUUGAUGACUGGGUUCCUCUCGAAACAUCAGGCGGAGCGAGAGGCGAGUUAUACCUCGAGAUGACAUUCUAUGCAAAUACUCCUCCUCCUCUUAAUCGUCGACCAACGAAGCUCAAACAAUCAGAUCGUCUUACACGGCCGCAGUCGUAUAAUCCUGUACCACACAAGAGUGGAUCGCCAUCUGCCCUGAACCAUACUCCUGUGCAGCUCCGUGAUCCGGGCUAUGCCCCCCCUGCUACGCUUCCCGCAUCUUUGCUUCCUGCUAGAGGCCAUCCCAAGGCCUCAUCGCCAUCCCCUUCGCCCCCCGGCCGACAGUCCAGUAAGACUGAUGUGCUACCCCCUCUUCCCGAAGAAGAUUCAAGCCACAGCUUCAUCACGAGCAAGGACAAUGGCAAUCCAAUCAUUACUUGUCGGGCCAAGCUCCCCAACAAUAUUCUCUCCUCAUCGCAAGGAUAUGCUCCACCUCAACAAACACUUCCUCCGCUUCCACAACAAUACACUUCCUCGUCGCAAGGAUACGUUCCUGCUUAUCAAACAUCACCUCCGCAUCCUCAACCAUAUCAGCAAUCUUAUACGCCCCAUAAUCAUGCCCCGCCACCCUCACCACAACCACAGCAAUACUCGUCAUCUUCUCCCCAGCCCUACCAGUAUCAACCUCAUCAGGCUCCGUCGCCUACCCCGCAAUAUCAGCCCCCGCCACCCCCUCAUCAAGCACCGCCUCCUGCACCGCAAUAUCAGCCACAACCAGCCUCUCAUCCCCAGAGCUACUCGUCAUACACCCCACUUCCCAACCAGCAACCAUAUCCCUCUUCAUCACAGCCGCAAGGAUAUGUUCAUCCAACCCAACAGCAACCUCAGACGUACACUCCCGCACCACCUCAGCAGCAGCCAUACCAACAACAAUCCUAUUUUCCUCCGCCUCUCCCCGCACAAUCCCCAGUCCCUUCUCCCCAAUCUCAACUUCUUGCCAGAGCACCAUAUUUCUCGCCGCCGCCACCACCACCGCCACUUCAUGGAAGCACGCAGGGCACCCUGGCAGUAGCAAAAGGGGAGCAACAGUCUCCCCCGGUGCAAGGAUAUCAGAACACUGCACCGACUGCCUCGCCAGCACAUGGUUUGGAAGCCGCUCCAACUGCCCCUUCGCAGAACCCUCCGGACCAGCCUCCUGCCUCUUCUGCCUUACCUACAGUCCCAGAAGACGAAAAGAAGCGCGAAGAGGAGGAACGCACCAGAGAUAAAGAACCACGGAAGGUGGUGGAUGAACGGAAGGCCGCUGAGGAGGCGGAUUCAGAGAAGCACGAGGCAGAGGAAGCACAGUCUCGAGCUGCUGAAGAAGAGGGGGGGCGACAGGAGGAGGAAGAGCUGAGAAGGAAGGAUGCUGAAGAACAAAAACGACGCGAGGAGGAGCGAUUGAAAUUGGAGACGGAGCAGAGGCAGAAAGAAGAGGAAGAGCGACGGCGACGAGAGGAGGAGGAGAGACCCAAACGAGAGGAUGAAGAAAGACUCAAGCGAGAGGAGGAGAGAGACUCAAGCGAGAGGAGGAAGAAAGACUCAAGCGAGAGGAGGAGGAGAGACUCAAACGAGAGGAGGAAGAGAGACUCAAACGAGAGGAGGAGCGCAGAAGAAGCUAAACGUAAACAAGAAGAAGAGGAUCGGAUCAGGCGCGAGGAGGAUGCACGUCAAAGGGCCGAAGAGGAACGUUGGAAGCGCGAAGAGGAAUCACGUCGGAGGCUUGAAGAGGAGCGGAUCAGGCGAGAGGAGGAAGCACGUCGUAAAGGGGAAGAAGAGAUUCGUCGCAAACAGGAAGAAGAGGCCCGUCGCAAACGAGAAGAGGAGGCUCGUCGCAAACGGGAAGAGGAGGCUCGCCGCAAACGAGAAGAAGAGGCCCGUUGCAAACAAGAAGAAGAGGCUCGCCGCAAACGAGAAGAAGAGGCCCGUCGAACACAAGAGGAGGAGGCUCGUCACAAACGAGAAGAGGAAGAAGCUGAACGAAGGUGGCAAGCUGAGCUUGCUCGCAUCAAGGCGCGCGCUGAGCAGGAGGCUGCUGACGCUGCUUUCGCUCGUGCUCAAUCUGAAGCGGAAGAAGCCGAGCGUCGCAGGCAGGAGGAAGCCGACCUUGCCUUUGCGCGGCGUGCACAGGAGGAGAGCGAGCGAGAGCAAAGGGCCGCUGAGGAACGGCAAAAGCAAGAAGAAUUAGACCGCGAACUUGCCCGUCGCGAACAGGCACAUGAAGAGCAGUUGGAACGUAGGCGCGAGGAGGAGCGUAGGAGGCGGGUGGAAGAGACGGACAGGGAAAUGGCUAGGAAAUUGGAUAUGGAACUGAACCUUGGGCCGGAGGAUGGUGAUGCGAGUUCUCGAAGGCCGUCGACGACCCCAGAGCUUCCUUCUCGCAGAAGAGCGGGAAGUCCUAGGACUCCCAAUGUCCAUAGAGGAUGGUAA